AAGAUACAUUCUUCACAACAGUCCCAGCAAAAAUGUCACUGCAUCUUACUGGCUCUGAAUGUAUUAUUCUGGAACUAAUGCAAUAUUAUGACUGGUCAGGAACCCACUUCUGGAGCAAAGGGCGAAUCAAUACUACUUUCAUGGACUGAAAAUGCAGUGGUUUCCAAGAAGGAAAUUGGGGUGCUAUUGCCAAAGGUGUGGAAGCACAGCCCUGGAGAAAACAUCAUGCACUUUUGCAGGGUGUCCAUUUCCAUCUCAGACAUCCAGCAAAAGUAAAUCAAGAGCUGAGGAAAUCAGGGGAGAGCAAAGGGCGUCUCAAGAAAGAGACCAUUGUACACCUCUCCAAACAGGCUGUUUUCUGUCUACUUUCUAUUCCCCUGCUGUGCCCUGAAGGUCACUUGCUACUGACCACUCCCCCCGGAGGCUGCCCUGCUCGCUCACAAACACCCGGGAGUUGCCCGCAUUCCUGUGACCAGCUGGAGAGGUGCUGCUCCUCGGGGUCCCAGGUGCUCGGCUCUGGCCAUGUUGGCGCUGCUCUGUGUCUACCUGCUCCUGGUGGCCUGUGACUCGGCCGCUUCGGCCGACCAGUUCCUGCAUCAGAUGUACUCCUUCAUGGAGGAGCAGAUCCGCGACAUGCACACCAAGGUGACGGAGAUCUGGCAGGAGACGGUGAUGCAGCGGCGGGCGGCGGCCAUCGACCCGGACGCCGCGCUCCAUGCCGUCUGCCAGGUGCAGCCGUCGGCCACGCUGGAGGCGGAGCAGCCCCGGGUCAGCGGCCUCGUGCUCUUCCGGCAGAUCCGGCCUGGCACCCUGCUGGAGGCCUUUUUCCACCUUGAGGGCUUCCAGGACGAGCCCAAUGGCACAAACCACGCCAUCCACGUGCACCAGUUUGGGGACCUGAGCCAGGGCUGCGACUCCACCGGGCCUCACUACAACCCGAUGUCCAUGCCACACCCGCAGCACCCGGGCGACUUUGGCAACUUCCCCGUGCGCAGUGGCCAGGUCUGGAAGCACCGCUACGACCUGGCUGCCUCGCUCACCGGCCCGCACUCGAUCGCGGGCCGCGCCGUGGUGGUCCACGCGGGCGAGGACGACCUGGGCCGCGGCGGCAAUCAGGCCAGUCUGGAGAACGGUAACGCGGGCCGCCGACUUGCCUGCUGCGUGGUGGGCCUGUGCGGCCCGGGGCCCUGGGCGCGCAAGGCGCAGGAGCACGCGGAGCGCAGGAAGCGGCGGCUCGAGAGCGAGUGUAAGGCCGGAGCGGCGGCGCGAGAGCGAGGGUAA